AUGCCCUCCUUCCAGGCUCGUAUGAUAAUGGUGAAGUACAUCUUGCUGCAGGUCUUCCGGCACCACCAGCUUCGCCAGCCGAUCGUGGUCGCCGUCGUCUCUUCCUGCGCGUGGGCAAUAGAGGAGCAGCCCGCCGUCAUCCACUUCGUAGUCGUCCGCGAUUUUGCCGCAAGCUCGCGCUCCGCCAGCAUCUAG